AUGUCCAAAAAGUCGAUCCUUCUCAUCAAUGGCCCAAACCUGAAUCUGCUCGGCACACGCGAGCCCCAUCUUUAUGGCAGCACAACUCUCGCCGACGUACAGACCGCAGCCACCAAACAAGCCGAACAAUUGGGCAUUCAACUUUACAACUUUCAGUCCAACUGGGAAGGAGCCAUCAUCGAUAGAAUCCAAGAAGCCCGAGGAAAGGUCGACUUCGUCAUCAUCAACCCAGGAGCAUUGACGCACACGAGCGUCGGCGCUCGAGAUGCGCUGCUAGGCUGUGAUUUGCCUUUCCUGGAACUGCACGUAACGAAUGUCCAUGCUCGCGAACCCUGGAGGAAUCACAGCUAUCUCAGCGACAAGGCGGUGGGAGUCAUCUGUGGGUUGGGUGUCUUUGGAUACAAGGCCGCUAUCGAUUUUGCAGCGCAAAGGUUCGCCAGCGAAGGACAGGCCAAGUUGUGA